GCGCGAGGUCUAAGGGCACAAGGGAAGUGGCGGGCGGGGACUGAGGGGGCGUGCAGGUGAACGGACAGGCCGGGGGUCGCGGGCAUGGCUGAGGCCAGGAAGCGGCGGGAGCUGCUUCCCCUGAUCUACCAGCAUCUGCUGCAGGCGGGCUAUGUGCGCGCGGCGCGGGAAGUGAAGGAGCAGAGCGGCCAGAAAAGUUUCCUGAGGCAGUCUGUAACCCUUCUGGACAUCUAUACACACUGGCAACAAACUUCGGAGAUUGGCCGGAAACGGAAGGCAGAGGAAGAUGCGGCCUUGCAGGCCAAGAGGACCCGCGUAUCAGAUCCCAUCAGCAGCUCAGAGAGCUCAGAAGAGGAGGAGGAGGAGGAGGAGGAGGCAGAAGCCCAAACCGCCAAACCCACCCCGAAACUAGCAGCUACCAACUCCUCAGUCACAGGGACAGUUUCGUCUUCAAGUGUGAAAGAAAAAGCCAAGGCAAAGACCACGAAAGCCAGCAAGACGGUGAACUCCACGACACACCCUGCCCCUGGAAAGGCAGUGGCCCACCUCCUCGCUGGGAAGUCACCCCAGAAGACGACAGGGCCCUCAGCAAAUGCUGUCUUGGUGUCAGAAACCGAGGAGGAGGGCAGCGUGUCAGCCCUGAAAACCGCCACCAUGCCUGGAAUGGCAUCCGCCGACCAGGCUGACAGCUCCAGUGAGGAUACCACCAGCUCGAGCGAUGAGACAGACUUGGAGGUGAAAGCCGCAGUAAAACCACUGCAGGUCAGAUCCUCAGCCGCUGCAGUCAAGGAGUCUCCGAGAAAAAGUGCAGCCCCAACCCCAGGGAAGGCAGGGGUUGUGACACCCCAAGUCAAAGGCAGUGCUGUGACCCCAACCAGCGGGGCCAAGAAGCCAGAAGAGGUCUCAGAGAGCAGCGAGGAGUCCGACGAGAGUGAGGAGGAGGCCCCUGCGGGUCCACCCAGUCAGGUGAAGGCCUUGGAGAAAACCGUCCCAAUCAAAGUUGCUCCUAGUCCUGCCAAGGGGACCCCUGGGAAAGGGGCCACCCCAGCACCCCCUGGGAAGGCAGGGCCCUCAGCCACCCAGGCCAUGACGGGGAAGCCAGAGGAGGACUCGGAGAGCAGCAGCCAGGAGUCAGACAGCGAGGAGGAGACACAAGCUGUUAAGAGCCCAGUGCAGGCAAAGCCCUCUGGGAAGAUCCCCCAGGUUAAAGCCACCUCCUCAGCACCCACCCAGGUGCUUUCCCCUAAGAAAGGGGCCCCUCCAGCACCCCCUGGCAAGGCAGGGCCUGCAGCCACCCAGCCCAGGAAGCAGGAGGAGGAGAGCAGCAGCAGUAGCAGCAGCAGCGAGCAAUCGGACAGCGAGGGCGAGGCGUCCACGGCCGUGCGGCAGACUACAGGCCUGGCUCAGGCAAAGCCCUUGGAGAAAAACUCUCAGGUCAGAGCUGCCUCAGCCACGGGUGCGGGACCCUCGGCGAAGGGUGCGGUCCCAGCGCUCCCUCAGAAGGCAAGGGUGGCCGCCCAGGACGGGAAGCAGGAGGACUCAGAGAGCAGCAGUGAGGAGGAAUCAGACAGCGAGGAGGAGGUGCAGACGGCAGGGACCUCAACCCAGGCACAGUCCUCUGGGAAAGCCCUCCAGGUCAGACCUGCCUCAGGUCCCGCCAAGGGGCCCCCUCAGAAGGCCGGGCCUGCAACCACCCAGGUCAAGGUCGAAAGGGCUGAGGAAGACUCGGAGAGCAGUGAGGAGGAGUCAGACAGUGAGGAUGAAGCUCCUGUAGCCAAGACUCCAGCCCAGGCAAAAUCAGCAGUGAAAACUUCUCAGAUCAAGGCCUCCCCAAAGAAGGGCACCCCCAUUACACCCGCAUCUGCCAGGGUCCCCCCAGUGCAAGUCGGCACCCCAGCCCCCCGGACAGCAGCAACAGUGAGUACACCCACCUGCGCAUCAUCCCCAGCCGUAGUCAGGCGCACCCAGAAGCCGGGGGAGGACUCUUCAAGCAGCGAGGAGUCCGAGAGCGAGGAGGAGACAGCUCCUGCUGCCGCAGGGGGACAGAUGAAGUCUGUAGGGAAGAGCCUCCCAGUGAAAGCUGCCUCAGCACCCACCAAGGGGCCCUCAGGGAAAGGGGCCACCCCAGGGCCCCUUGGGAAGGCAGGACCCGCAGUGGCACAGGUCAAGACUGAGGUGCAGGAAGACUCAGAGAGCAGUGAGGAGUCGGACAAUGAGGAAGCGGCCGCAACUCCCGCACAGGUGAAGACUUCAGUGAAAACCCCUCAGACCAAAGCCAACCCUUCUGCCACCAGAGUGGCUUCAGCCAAAGCGGCAGCACCAGCUCCUGGAAAGGAGACCCUUGCUGUUGCUCAAGCCAAAGUGGGGUCCCCAGCCAAGGUAAAACCGCCAGCGAGAGCCCCCCAGAGCAGCGCCGUCUCUGGGAGGGGCCAGGCGUCUGUGCCGGCUGUGGGGAAGGCAGCGGCUGCAACAGCCCAGGCCCAGCCGGGGCCUGUCAGGGGCUCACAGGAGGACUCGGAGAGCAGUGAGGAGGAGUCGGACAGUGAGGGAGAGGCGCCUGCUCAGGCGAAGCCCUCAGGAAAGACCCCCCAGGUCAGAACUGCCUCAGCCCCCACCAAGGCAUCCCCCAAGAAAGGGGCUACCCCGGUACCCCCUGGGAAGGCAGGACCCCCAGCCGCCCAGGCCAGGAGGCAGGAGGAGGACUCGGAGAGCAGCAGCGAGGAGGAGUCGGACAGUGACGGGGACGCGCCAGCAGCUGCACCUUCAGCCCAGAAAGAGGGUAGCUCCAAAACUGCCACAAGCAAGACCCUGGCCUCCGCAUCCCUGGAGAAGAAAGCAGAGGAGUCCUCAACCAGCAGUGACGAGGACCUACCGUCAAGCCAGGUGAUUAAAACCCCUCUGAUUUUUGUCGACCCUAAUCGUAGUCCAGCUGGCCCAGCUGCUACCCCCGCCCAAGCACAGGCUACAGGCACCCCGAGGAAGGCUCAGGCCUCGGAGAGCACAGCCAGGAGCUCCUCUGAGAGCGAGGAUGAGGAUGUGAUCCCCGCUACACAGUGCCUGACUCCUGCCACUAGGACCAGCGUGGUGACUGUGCCCACGGCCCCCCCAAAGGCGGCCCUCAGGGCCAGUGUGGUGGGGGCCCCCAGCAGUGAGGACACAAGUCGGGGGUCUGAAGGCAAGAAACAGGAGGCUUCAGCCACUCAGGUGACCAAGAGGAACCUCCCGCUAACACAGGCUGCCCUGAAGGUUCUUGCCCAGAAAGCCAGUGAGGCCCAGCCUCCUGCUGCCAAGACCCCGUCUUCAAAUGGGACUGACAGUGCUGUGGGAACACUCUCUACGGCGAGUCCCCAGAGCACCCCUACCCCGGCCAGAAUGGCCAACAAGCUCAGAAAGCCUGAGGUUCCUGCAGCGCAGCGGGCCACAGCCACUCCCUCGGGGAACCCCACAGCCAAGGCCCCCGCGCCCUCGGAUGACAGCAACAGCAGCUCUUCAGGGAGCGAGGACGAUGCCGAGGGGUCCCAGGCGGCCCCGUCAGCCCACAGGCCAGGCCCAGCCCCCUCCAGGAGGGAGACCUUGGUGGAAGAAACCACACCAGAGUCCAGUGACGACGAGGUGGUGGCACCUUCCCAGUCUCUCCUGUCAGGUUUUGUGACUCCUGGGCUGACUCCAGCCGGUUCCAAGACUUCAAAGGCCACUCCCAAACCAGAUGCCAGCCCCUCUGUUUCCUCUGCUCCGGCCACCAGAGAUGCCCCAGAGGGCAAGCAGGAAGUGGAGCCCCAGCAAGCAGCAGGCACCAUGUCCCCUAAAACAGGCAAAAAAGAAGCUGGUGCCACACCUCAGAAGCCCGGGAAGGGGCCUGGGAGUCCCCCAGCCUCCAUGCUGGCGCUGCAGAACAACAUCACCCAGCGCCUCCUGAGCGAGCCCUGGCCCCUGAGCGAGGCGCAGGUGCAGGCCUCAGUGGCGAAGGUGCUGACGGAGCUGCUGGAGCAGGAGAGGAAGAAGGCCGUGGACACCGCCAAGGAAGGCAGCCGGAAGGGCCGCCUGGGCCAUAAGCGGAAGCUGUCCGAAGACCAGACAACCCCCAAGGCCCCCAAGAGCAAGAAAAAGAAGCAGCUGGCAGCCACAGAUGGCGGAGAGCAGGUGGUCUCCUCAGAAAAGGCCCCCAGGACUGUCAAGGGGAAAUCCAAGAAGGACAGAGCAGGUGGUGAUGUCAAGGAGAAGAAGGAGAAGGAGUCUCCCGGCUCUCAAGGGGCCAAGGAGAAGCCAGUAGGGGAGCUGGGGACCCCGAAGGGUGACGGGGGAGACCACGGCAACCUUAAGAUCAAGAAAGAGAAGAAGAAAUCCGACAAGAAAAAGAAAGACAAGGAGAAAAAGGAAAAGAAGAAGAAAGCAAAAAAGGCCUCAACCAAAGACCCUGGCUCACCAUCACAGAAGAAAAAGAAGAGAAAGAAGAAGACGGCAGAGCAGACUGUCUGAGGGACACCAGGCGGCAGAAGACGAUGGCCAGCUGCGGUGUCCAUGCUGGCCAAACCAGCAAGCCCUGCAGGGAGGCUGGUCCAAGGAAGAAGAAGCCUGCCUGGCCCCAUGACCUCUGCUCACUGAAUUCUCUCCAACGCAGGAUGCCUCAGAUGGAUGGACGUGUACAGUAUAUAUAUAUUUUUUUAAGUGACCUGCCCCUCCCUUCUCAGCCCCAACAUGCCUCAAGGCCUCAGGACUUUCUGCCUCUGCUAUAUAGAUCCAGUGAGGCCCAGUCUGCGGCUCCUUCAUGCCCUGGUCUCUGGCUGAUGCUGAGGCUCUGUCCUCCUUUUGUCAGUUUUUUCCUGUUUUGUUUGUAUGUUUUUUUUGUAAGAACUCAAAAAAUAAAAGACUUGAAGGAAA